AUGAAUCGCAAACUGCAAGACGAAAACGACGUCGCAACUGGGCCCAGUACCACGCCUAGCUACGCACACGGACCGCUACGAUGGAAUCCCAAGCAUACGCGUACAAGGGCCACCUGCUCACCGAUCCAAGGCGCCUUCGUCCCGCACAUCGUCGACCGAGUGUUCCAGUUCGCUACUGCACACGACCCCUCGACUCUGCGCCUCGUCUGCCGUAGGGCAAAGCACGUUGUCGACUCUGUGCUGUGUUACCACAUCAGCCUGGCGAUGCACACGGCGCACCUUGGUGGCCGCUCGCUCUCAGACGAGCCAAACUUUGCCAACCCAGCCACAGAGUUGCUGCUCGGCGAGUCGCCAAUUGUUUCACCGUUGGCUGCCGGCUACCCGUACCCUGUCCACUCUGCUCGCACCAUGGUCGACUACAUCGUUGAUCCGACCAAGGUCAUCGGCACCAGCAGCCCCUGGCCAAAGCGCCCCCGACGGCACCACAGGAUCCCCGGUCUCAAAUGGGGCCGCGGCGUGACCCCCGCAGAGCAGGCCGAGUGUAUCCGCCUGAUACGCCUCCACACCAAGAUUGUCGCCAUUGACGACCUGAACGCGGACCCGUGCCGUCCGUACAUGAGGGACCGGCGCCUGUACACUGCCCUGUCGGGCGUUGACGUGGCGCGCGGGUACAUUGGCCACAACCUCUUCUUCCCGCGCACAGCUAUGGUGUUUGACGAUUCCGGCCUCAAUGGCCGCGUCCUGCCGAAUCCCUCGCAGCACUCAUGCCGUGUCAUCGCACCCUGCGUCGAAACGCUGGUCGUCAAUGUGCACCUCCGACUCUGGGCGAACCGGCCGCGGCGUGAAGGACGCAUCUUGUUCCCGCCCAUGUCGUACAGCCUGCGCAAGGUUGUUGUGCAUGUCCAGUUCCGUCACCGAGUGGAGGGACGCAAGCGCAGGGCGACGGAUGAAGAGGCGCAGGAAGGCAUGUGGGAUGGGCUGGUGGAGAGCAUCGCCAGUCGUCUCGACCUCGAGUGGACCGUCGUCGGGCUGAGCAAGAACGAGCUCGCGGCCACCACGAUUGGCAAGUACGGCCCCAACAGGGGCAUGUCGUCACCAGACCGUCUCCGGCAGGCCAUCCGCGACGCAGCCCCAAGGGCCAUGAGAGGCAUACCUGACCGCGUGGUGAGCUUUAGCGGCGACGACCUCGACGACGCAAUCAAUCGCGUCAGGAUUGUGUCGACCAAGGACUAUCGCCGCGAGGUGGGCGAGCGGCAGUAUGAACUCGAGCGCGUUGCGUUUCCAUGGGGUAUAUAGGGGGGUACCUCCUCAGAUAGCGGCGCAUGAGCUUGAUGUAGAAUUCCAGGAGCCGGUGCAGUGCAUCGGCGUCGGAUGGCCA